AGAAAUUAGCUAAUUUUCAAAAAAUCUCCCUGUACUAUAGCCCAUGCUUUUUUCCAAAAAUGGCCCCAAAAUCACCUCAAAUUUUUAUUAAAUUUUCUGAUACAUAUUGAUGUUCUUAUGCUGUGUAGAAAGUUUGAGCUAAUUCUGACUUCAAUACUUUUCAAGUUAUGACCAUUUUAAAACUGAAUAAUGAUAAUUAUUAAUAAUCAUUGCUAGGUUGAUUUCAUUUGGAUCAAUCGUGACCAGAGACACUUUGAGUGGUUCAUGGAGCUACUGAAUGAACUGGAAAUGGAACAGAAUGAAUAUGGAACACUAAUGGAUCGGUUCCUUGAUAUGCACAUGUACAUCACAUCAGCUUUACAAAGGACUGAUGUUAAAGCAUUAGGACUACAAAUGGCUCUUGAUCUGAUACACAAAGAAAAGAACAUUGAUCUUAUAACUGGACUGAAGACCAGGACACAGACUGGUAGACCUAACUGGGAUAAGAUAUUUAAAGAGCUAAAGGAGAGUGGAUAUGGACCAGUGACAGUAUUCUAUUGUGGGUCACCAGUACUGGCUAGAGUAUUAUCAGUGAAGUCUCAAUAUUAUGGAUUUAAAUUUAGAAAAGAAAACUUUUAGACAUUAACAAUAAUAAUGUACUAUAUACACCAAUUUAUUGAUAAUGUAU